AUGAAGCUGAGUGUCUCCUAACUUUCAAAUUUUUGAAAAAAGUGUUCUAUUUAAUUAAAAAAUAAUAAUUUUUUAAGGGAAAAAUUCCCAAAUUUUAAGGGAAAAUGUUUUAAUCCACUGACUGAUCUGAUCUUUUGGGGAGGAAAAGUGUGUCCUUUUAAAUAAAAUAUAAAAGUGUUUUAAAUGACGAGUGUUUCUUUGUGUUUUAAAGCAAAUUUUUAUUUGGGGGCAUGUGUUAAAUAAACAAGACAAUCUUUCUCAUUUUAUUUUCAAAAACAUUAGACAUCGUCUUCUCUGACUGAUCCCAUCUUCCUCAUUCUGCUUCUUUUAGUCUUUUUUUUUUUUUUUUUUAAAAAAAAGAAUUAACAAGUGUGUAGAGAUUGCGUCUGUAGUCUUUGUGUUUGUUUUUAAUGAUUUGAUGUUAGAAUUGUAAUUCGGAUCAUUACGUUGUCCCGUAAACACCUCUUACUAGCCAACAGAUCGAAAUGACAACAUAGCUAAUAUUUAUAUGUUGUAAACUGAACAGAAUUGAGAUGCAUGAAGACACGUUUGUCUUGUGAUUGUCUGAGUUGUGACUCAACCUUCACAUGUUUUAAUGUCCAGGAAGUGAAAAUUCAGUUAGCGGUUGAUGCCAAGUGUAAUUACAGGGUCAUGUUUGGUAGUGCAGAGCCUUUUCGUUUGUAAUUUAACAACACUUCUGAGGAAAAUGUUGACAUUCCUGACAGUUUGGUCAGUUUUGUUUUGUUUUCACACGUCACUACUCCUUUUAUAGGUUUAGCUCCAUUUCUGUGGAGUAUUUGGGUCACGCUAAUCCACCCACACACCUCCUCAUAGCACAGCGCCGCUUUCAGUGAGUCCGGGAGUGUGGGAGGAGCGUGGGCGAUGUCGUCCCGCCCCCUUCACCACAGUCUCCUCCUACUCUGGCUGUGAUUGGCCGGCGGCUGGGAGCUUUGAAGCGCCGCUUUAGAGCUCGGUGGGAGCAGCGCGAGCGCGGCACCGCACAGAGACAGUAGUGAGGACGGCGCGAGCGCGGACGGAGGCGAGCACGGGACCGGACGUACUCCGGGAUUUUCUUCGAUGUCAUUUUUCUGCUCGGUUUAAAGGAUCCACAUCUGCCUUGUUUUUGUCUUUUUGGUGCUGAUUGAUUUAUAUAAUUAUACAGUUUGGAUAUUUUCACCGAUCUUUGGACGCCCAGCGCCAUGCGGAUACUCGCGCGCUGCAAAUGAGAAGCGGACGACGCGCUCGCGCCACAUGAGCGACGUUCCCUCGCCCUUUGGAGGAGUCGCGCGGACACCGAGUCCCCCCACCGCGGAGAGCAGCCAGCACCCCGCCCGCAUCCUCGCCCUCGGUCCGAGCGGCGAUUCACGAGCCCAGGCUCGCUUUCCACGGCUCGCGCUCCACAGUUCGCUUCCACUCGCGGAUCCGGUGCGUCACGCGAAGCGGCUUCCCGUCCGGAUUCUCCAAAUGCUGAGCGCGCGCGCGGCUCACAUGCUCCACGCGGACUACCUGCAGCCUCUCAGCUCCGCGCCGCUCCCCAUCGAGCUGGAUGCUAAGAAGAGUCCGCUCGCUCUUCUGGCUCAGACCUGCUCCCAGAUCGGCAAGCCGGAUCCUCCUUCGUCCUCCAAGCUGAGCUCGCUGUCCUCGGGCAACUUGGGAGACAAAGAUGGCCGGUCGACCGGUUCGAGUCUCAAAUCAGCAGAGCAGCAGCAGCAGCAGGGCCUGGAGGACAAGUCCAGCUUCAAGCCUUAUUCCAAAAACAACUCGGAAUGCCGGAAGGACGGAGUCGUGCUGAGCGGAUCAGCCGACAAAUCCGGGUUCAGGACUUCUGGUGGGAGUUCGGCUACCACGACGUGUCCGUCGUUCCCUCCUCACACCUCGUCUCCGAGGACGUGUUCGCCGUCCCAGCAUGCCCCAGGCCAGGCACAUGUACACCGCCACACGCAGUCUCCGUCCAUGCAGAAACCCCUCAGUGUAGACUCCAAAACUGGAAGUUCUGACUCCAGCACGGAGAGCAGCAGUGGCAGCGAACGCGUCGGGAAAAAAGACUUGGAUAACUGCAGACUUGACAAUGCCCAGAUAGCCAACUCUAGCCAGGCACGCGCAAGUGUCAACUCCAGCAGUGGCAGUGCCUCGAGUAGCCCUCGACCAGAAAGCAAGAAUGAUUCCCAACCACCGCAGACAUCCUUAGCUAAUUCCAGCCAUGUUGCCCCGAUUUCACCAUUCAAACCAGGACACUCCGUGUUCCCCUUACCUGCUUCCACCUUGGGAUACCACGGCUCCAUCGUUGGUGCCUACGCUGGUUAUCCGUCCCAGUUCAUCUCUGGGUUGGACCAUGCCAAGUCCGGUUUAGUGGGUGCUGCUGGGAUGGCGAAACACCCAAGCUCCAGUCCUUUAACUGGCACGUCUCCUCCAUCUUUUAUGCAAGGCCUGUGCCGGGACCCGUACUGCCUCACUUACCCCAAUGCGCCCCACUUAGGGGGAAGCAACUGCAACACUUGCGUCCACGACCCGUCCUCGUCUCUCAAGUCAGGAUUCCCAUUGAUGUACCCUUCCCCACACCUCCAUGCGCUCCAUCCAGCCUCUCUGUCCACGUCCGGUGCUUCCGGCUCCCUCUCCCACCCGCUCUACACCUACGGCUUCAUGCUUCCUAGUGACUCCCUUCCUCAUGCCUGCAACUGGGUCUCCGUCAGUGGGCCCUGCGACAAACGUUUCGCUACUUCCGAGGAACUUUUGGCACACUUGCGCACUCAUACCUCCCUUCCUGGCAUGGACGGAAAGCUCCUGUCUGCCUAUCCUUCCUCCGCCUCUUCUUCAGCUGCUUCUUGCCACCUACACCUGCCACCUCCCAACAGCCCCGGGGCUCUUCCGAGCUCCUUCUCGCUUCGAGGUUCUCCUGGACUCGGCCUGGCUCGCUACCAUCCCUAUGGCAAACCCCAUUUGCCCGGAGCGCCUUCCUUACCUAUGCAUUCUCUCCCUGCUACGGCCCAGUACUACUCACCCUACGCGCUCUACGGCCAGAGACUGGGCUCAGCAUCGGCACUCGGUUACCCUUGACGGGCGCACGGGUGGAGAGAACGAGGAACAGGUGAAGACGAGGUCAAGGACCAUCCACAAAAGAGGUUCCCAGCCAGAAAGGGAGCUUUAAAUGGAUGGAUUUACCUCGGUAAAACCGUGGAGGUGGGAAGCACAGGCUUGAAUGCUGUCGGAUCUGAAGAAAGAAACAUGAACUUGUGCUUGAUUCCUGAGAAUAAUGGAACUGAUAACUUUAAUAUUAUUUGACGAUCAAAGUUUUAUUUCAGUUUAUUAAUAAAAUGAAAAAAAAAGAAGGUAUAUUUAUUUUUCUCUUGAGCGCUUGGCUUUGUACUUGGGAAACAUUUACCGUCUAAAUGCAUUCGUUGUCACUUUGGUACAGGAACAAUAUUUUCAGAGAUCAAUAUCGCUCUUUCCACAAUACUUUUCUAUAACAAACUCAUUUAUCUUUCGGUUGUCACUUUGUUUGUUUUUUCUCUUUUGCUUUCGCGUGCUCCAGCAAGCAUGACUUGCCUGACAGCCGGUUUGUUCUUGGAAAUUUGCCAUUUUCUUUCUUUCUUUUUUUUUUUUUUUUUUUUGUACUUGUACAGUUCAAAAGAAUAAAACGUAAACAGACAGAUGUGAUAUAUUUUCUAUGGUGACUGAUUCUGCAAGCUGGGGAGAGUUUACUGGAGGGUUGACGGGAACGUGUUGGGGGGGGGGAGAUGAAUACCAACAAUUAAGAGUCCUCUGUAGACAUGGUGGCGCUAUACACUUAAACAGAAUGUCUUAUUUUGUGAAAUAAAUGAUAACUUGAUUAUAUUCA